CCCGCCUACCCCCAAAUUACAGGAAUCACGCCCGUUUCUUUUUCUCUUUCACUCAUUCCACGUUCUUCACCCAUUUCCUCCUUCCAUCAUCGUUUCAUUCCCCUUCCUUGCAUACGGCCGGCGAACAAGAAGAGGACCAAAGGAAAUGACCACAUAUGAUUUCCCACCGCUUCAAUUCCUUCAAUUCAGGCGACAUCCAUCCUUCCUUCCAUCACCGUUUGAUUCGACCGCCUCUACAAAAUCGGUGGUAUUUUUGCCCAUAUACCGAGUAUUUUUUGCCAUAUUCACCAUUUGUAUUCAAACCGUUUCCAUAUACCUUCCAUUUCUUUUAUCUUUCACUUCCUCCCUACGUCUCUAUCUUCUCAAUUUCUCUCCACCAUCCAAUUUCACCGCCCCUCGUGUAUCAAGCCACAUGAUUUUGCCGAAGGCGUCCAGCAGCAACACCGUAUGCAAGUAGCUUAUCUGUACUCACCGAUACAUCCCUGCCGUUUCUUCUCCUCUUUCACACAUAAUCUUUUGAUCAACCAGUAUCAUUCAUCUAUAGCUCCUUUCGUCAAUUCCAUUACCCACGAAGAUAUGGAUAUGGCACUCCAUCUAGAUUUUUCAUCUUUAUGAGGAGAAGCUCACUAAUAAAACCAGAGCAUCAUUGAUUCAAUUUUAUACUUCUACUAGAGAGUGGUAGUUAAGAGUCCUAAUAAUGUUUAGAAAAAACCAUUGAUGGCAGAGUUUCUACAGUAUAUGUCAUCGAUCGCGUCGACAAAAUCCCAGGUAAACUAAAUCUUUUAAUAUGUCUAACUCUCCUGCGGCAACACUCACACGGAUCUUUUCACACGGAGCUUAAACGGUAUAUUUAUGUGAAUUUGAUAAGUCGUUCCUUUCUGUAAUGAAGAAAGUUGCUCAAAAUCUCGACAUUCAGAUAUACAAUGCUGGUGGUAGGAAUUACCGUCUACCGCCCCGUAUCCUUAAAUGCCUUACGUUGAGUAAAAAAUGUAAAACAAAAUUGCAUCUUUUACUUCUUUUUACAGAAAUUCCCACAUGUGUUUUUAGUAUUGAAUUUACCUUCAUUAGUCAUUUUGAGUAGUUCACCGUUUCUUUUGUUUUCUGCCUUACAUCAUAUUAAAGUUUUAUCAACAUUCUUAUCACUUUUUUAUUUUUAUUUUUUGGUAUCAUCUCCUUUUCUCUAUGUUCUCCUUUGCAUCAUAUUAAAGUUUUAUCACCAAUUCACAUAUUGUUUUUGUACUAUCUAUUGUGCUUCAAAUUAUCAUCAUAGUAUAAAAAAUCCAUCUUCUUAUCUACAACAUUUUUACAUACAACAUUUUUUACCUAGAACAUUUUUAUCAUAUAAUUUUGAAAUUCUGUUUAAAGUAUCAUAUUUACAUGCUUCACCUCUUUUAUUUUGUCAAGUUUAAGAGUGUUAAAAUGGUAAGUAUAUUGUACAAUAAAAGAAACAUUUUUUUGUUAAAUAAAUACUUUAAAAAUGGUAAGUAUGCUCUACCUUAUACAAAACGUUUAUUUAAAUAAAAUAAAAACUUAAGAAUAGCAAGUAUAUUCACCAUAUAAUAAUCCGGGACUGUGCAAGUAUACUCAGAACCUAGAAGGAAACACUUUUGUAAGGGAAUGUGCAAUCCUAUAUAUACAUGGGAUAAAUUUACCUUCUAUUUUUAGACUCAUAUAAUAAAUCUGUUUGGUUAAUAAAAGCCUUAUUUCAUUUUUAUAUUUAUUAAGAGUCCCAACUAUAUGAAUGGUAAGAAUCUACCUUCUAUUUUAGACUCAUAUCAUAUAAUAAAUCUGUUUAGUUAAUAAAGCCUUAUUUCAUUUCGAUAUUUAUUAAGAGUUCCAGCUGUAUGAAUGGUAAGAAUCUUAUAAUAUUAUUAUAUACAUACAUAUAUAAAAUCGUGCACUUAAUUACAUGUAUCAUUAUUAACCCUAACUAUAUAAGGAAAUGUGCAUCUUCUAAAUUACAGAAUGAAUCAUUGAGAUUCAUAUUUAAGGGUCCAAAUAUAGUUACACACCAGCACCAAACGACCUUCUAUUAUAUAUACACGCACAUACCAUAAACUUAGAAAGGACUCGAGCAUCUUAGUGUUUGAAGGCAGAGGUUUCAACAGGUAUGUCAUUUAACCUUUUAUAGUUCAAUCAUCUUUCACCAUUAAAUACUUUUAUAGUUCAAUCUUCUUUCACCAUUAAAUCAAUGACCUUCAUUCUGAUAAAAUCCUUCGUGAACUUACAUCAUAUGAUACAUUUGUUUAGUUGUUAAUUAUAAUUAUUAUAAUAGUUAUUAUUAUAAUUAUUAUUAUAUCAUCAUCAUAUUAUUAUUAUUUCUUUUUCGGAUUUAUACUUUCCAUUAGUAAAAUUUCGGAAAAAUACAUAUACACUUAUAACUUGCUUUAAAAGUACGUUCAGUGUAUUCAUAAUUUCUGGUGUUCAAAUCUUGCUUCUUCUUUGAAUGAUAUUGCAGAAAAAAUGCCAACUGAGAAGAAAUUUCUUUCUCAUAUGACUCUUCAACUCCCACAAAAUUCUGCCUUUUUGUUUUGUGUUAGGAGAAAGUGGAUUGUGAAAGACCAGAACAUGAGCUUGGGUUCCCGCGUUUGUGAAUUAGUUUUGAUGAAUGAAAAGAACAGCUCAGAGGAAAAGACAUAUUUCAGUUCAGAAUCAGCGUGUUCCUCAACCUCAUGCAAUGAGCUCCUUCAGGAAAUUCACUCCUGAAUUCCUUAACGGCAUAAAAUGUUCUGGUGUUCCAAGUCACGAGUUGAAGCUAAAAGUUGGUGUACCGGUGAUGCUCAUGAGGAAUAUAGAUCAUUCGGCCGGCUUGUGUAAUGGUACCCGACUUUUAGUGACAAAACUUGGUGAACAUAUUAUUGAGGCACAGAUGAUGUAUGGAACUAAUGCAGGUGAGAAAUUCCUUAUCCCAAGGAUUAGUCUAACCCCGACAGAUGUGACGCUACCUUUCACAUUCAUGCGUAGGGGUGGACCGGUUCCCGUUCGGGCCUGGGCCCAGCCGUGCCUCUGUUCAUGAAAGGGGAGGCCCGGAACCGGCCCGGGUAACCCCGGGUCCGGUCCAGGCCGGGCCGGGCCUCAGUUCUAUAGUUUUUUUUUGGCUUUUCCUAAUUUACCCCCAACCCUCCCCUCUCACCCCCAAACCACCCCAAACCACCUCAAAUGGCCCAUCAUACCCAGCCCAACCCAAAAACUAAAAAAAAAAUAAAAAAAAAGAAAAAAAAUAAUUUGGCCUGGACCGGGCCCGAACCGGCCGGGCCUGAACCGGCCGGGCCGGUUCACGAAUUAGGAGGCCCAGGACCGGCCCGCCUACCUCACCGGGCCGGGUGGCCCAAACCUGGCACCAACCGGUUCACCGGGCCCGCACAGUAGCGGGCCGGUCCGGUUCCGGGCCGGUUGGCCUGGCCCGAGUCCACUCCUAUAGGCAAUUUCCUUGAUGGUUAGGGGUUAGCUAUGCAAUGACGAUGAACAAGAGCCAAGGACAAUCGUUAGAGAAUGUGGGCGUUUUUCUACGACGUCCAGUUUUUACACAUGGGUAGUUAUAUGUUGCAGUUUUGAAGGUGAUGAGUUUGUCUGGAUUGAAGUUCGUGAUAUGCGACGAUGAGGGAAAUCGAAAAAAGACCGCAAAAAAUGUUGUCUACAAAGAAGGGUUCAAUAAUUUGCAAAAUUGUAUGCUUAUUAAACUCCAAAUAUUUUUUUAUUAUGUAUUUAGUAGUGGUUACACUCAUUCCCGAGAUGAAUUAUAAUAUAAUCUUUAAUAUGAUUUAGAGGUAAAAUGAUUUUUUAUAUUUAUAAUAUUUGUAUCUUACACCCCGUGCAACACACGGGUGGAAUACUAGUAAGAUCAUCAAUCCCAGUUUUUAAAAGAAUAUAUUAAUGCUUUUUCUUUAUAUUUUUAAUUUCUUUUAUGACAUUUUCUCAUUAAAAUUCCUUUAUUGAUAUAAACUACACAAAUAAUUGCAAAUAUAAUGUCAAAAUAUGGAUAAUCAAUAAAAAUAUGACAUACAAUAAACUAUUAUUUUGUUCAAAUAUUACAUCUCAGUGACUAUACAUGUAUGUUAGUUCAAUUUAUAAACUAUAUAACUACGAUAAUCACAUUUUUAUCAAUGAGUAUUAUUUUAAUUACAUUUGAAGAAAAACCUCUUCUCUAAACCACUACAAAAAAACUGGCGUUUUGUCACGGAUUACAGCCGUGACAAAGUUGUCACGGUCUUUGUCACGGAAAAAUGGGAUUUGUCACGAAUACGUUUUGUCACGGAUACGUCUGUGACAAUUUACUCUGGUGAUCGGUUUUUUACUCCGACCAAAACAUUUUUUGCUCCCGGGCAUUUGUCACGGACAGAUCCGUGACAAAAUUCAAAAAAAGUUUGUCACGGACGGAUCCGUGACAAAAUCUGUGACAAACCUCAAUUAUUGAUUUUCCAGCGGUAACCUUUAAUAAUACGGUACGGAAAAGGAGUUGUCACGGAUAACUAUGGAAUACGCAGGGAAUUUUUUAAUGGUGUUGAAGAUUUUAUUAAAUUUGCACAAGAACAGAAGAAUUAUAUGGAUGGUGAUAAAAUCAUAUGUCCAUGUACAAAUUGUAAAAAUCUCCAAUUUAAAGAUGUCGACCAAGUUGUGUGGGAUUUGUACGAAUCAGAUGUUUUUUUGUAGUGAACUGAAUCUAACAGCGACUUUUUAAAUAAAAGCACGUUUUUUUAUAUUUGGAAUUAUGAUUUCACUUAUUCUAGUGAAAUCACAAAUUUAUCAACCAAUUAUAAAAAAAUAAUUUUGAAUCAAAUUUAUGAUUUUGUAAGCAAUUAAGUUGAACUCUAUAUUUUUUCAAAAAAAGGUUAACUUUAAAUAAUGAUCACUCAACCCUAAUUAAUAUCCCCUAAUUAUAUUAUUAUCUUAAAAAUUUAUUUUUGUUAAAAAUGCAACCGCCAUGAGUAUGACCCAUUCUUUAAAUCUAUAUACUAUCCUCCGUUCCGUUUUAAUCGCAACACGUUGAAUUUUACACUAUUUACAUGCUCUAUUUUGACUACAUUUUACGCUAUUAUUUUAUGCAAAUUAUGUUUAAAAAAAUAUUGUUCAAUUCAAGAAGAUAUACCGUGGUAGAUGAUGUUUGUCGACGAUAUUAUAUUGAUUGAUGAGACACAAUCCGAUGUUAAAGCAAAGUUGGAGGUAUGACGACAAACAUUGGAGACCAAGGUUUCAGACUGAGUAUAUGGAGUGCAAGUUUGGUGAAGGUAGAAGUAGUAGCAACAGUGAGAUUACUCUUGAUGGUAAUGAGAUACCAGUGUGUGAUAUGUUCCGUUACUUGGGUUCCAUAAUUCAGAAGGAUGGUGAAUUAGAUGGAGAUGUAUGCCAUAGAAUCAGAGCUGGUGGACGAAAUGGAAGAGUGCUUCAGGAUUUCUAUGUGAUCGAGGUAUACCGACUAGACUGAAGGGUAAAUUUUAUCGAACAACAAUUAGGCCUGCAAUAAUGUAUGCCGUAGAGUGUUGGGCGGUGAAGCAAUGCCACAUUCAAAAGAUGAGUGUGACAGAGAUGCGUAUGUUGCGUUGGAUGUGUGUACAUACCAGAAAAGACCGUUUGAGGAAUGAGAUAAUCAGACAAAAGGUGGGAGUAGCACCUAUAGAAGAUAAGAUGUAGGAGUCUCAUUUGCGGUGAUUUGGGCAUGUGCUUAGAAGACCGAGUGAUGCACCUGUUAGACGACUUGAUGGGUGGGGAGAAGAGGCAGAGAAGUGAGGGAGGGGAAGACCCAAACAGACUUGGAUUAGAGGAAUCAGAACUGAUAUGCGUCUUCUUGGGUUGGAUGAGAGUAUGACUUUGGAGAGAGCAGAGUGGAGGACAUACAUCCGUGUGGACGAUUGACGUCUU